CCUAUUAUGUGAUGCUAAGUGUAAUCGAUUCAAUCGGUCAGUUGAGCAGCUGCCAAGACUUUUGGAUUGCAUUCAUCUCGUCAUCAUCUCUUGCCUCUUGAUUUUCUCCUUGGACUUGCCGAUGCCGUCAUUUCAGCACAUCCCUCACUUGGCUACUUGUAAACUAUGACAUCAGUGAACGUAUACUUGAGACAUGGCAAAUGGGGCGGGCGCAGCGAAAGUGUUCAGAACCGGGAAGACAGCCUCACAAUUCUCAUGUCAAAUCGAUAUCAGCUCGGGAGGAGCGCGCACGGGGAGCGCAACUAUCAUUCUACCAUCACCAUCACUCUCGCUUCUCCAGCCGCUAGCGGACCCGUCUUACGGGCAUUGGCGGGGGACCAUUGCCAAUAACACAAUUAACUUGUGUGGAACGUUUAGAAAACACGAGUCUGUGUUCUCGUGUUUGGAUUUAUUCACUUUUGGUGACUUUUUUUAUGCCAUGAAUGAGUAACCUUCCCAUGUCUAUGUCACUGUCCUCUUUUGGUUCCAUCUAUUAUGGGACGCAGUAUAAUAACUAGAAGGUGGAUCCAGUCGAUAACCAAACUCAGACAGCUCACCCGGCUCCGGUGCGGUGGCACCCCGGCUUUAGCACACCCCGCUGCCAGAGUGUGGCCGGCUCCGCUAGAUGGACAGGGAGCUCGAAGGAUUGCCUUGUAGUCGGAAACCGGAUUCAGUGGAGUGAAGAAAAAGCAACACACAGCAAGCGUGCUAUCCCUGAUUCCUAAACAAUUUGAUUAUGCCACCGGUUUUAUAGAUUUAGGGGCCGUCGCUGUGUGAGAGGAGGAAAAGGAGGUGCAGGGGAAAGAGGAAGAGAAGGAGGACGUGUGUGCAGUCAUGACAUUGACCCUCGUCCCAUAGAGCAUCCUGCUCAGAUCAAGACUGACCAGAAAGGAGAAGGACAGACAGGACAAGAAGGAUGAAGCUGUGGGGGAGGUCAGCUUGGCCUUUGCAGGUGGCCCUCCUUGUUGCCGUGGUGAUGUUCUGUGGUCGCCAGGUGUCUGCUGGCAGCCGUAACCAUCGGGGACAGACAGCCUCCUACCAGGUGAAGCAGGGGACCUGUGAGGUGGUGGCCAUCCACCGCUGCUGUAAUAAGAACAAGAUUGAGGAGCGUUCUCAGACCGUCAAGUGCUCCUGUUUCCCAGGCCAGGUCGCUGGCACAACCAGAGCCAGGCCCUCCUGUGUGGAAGCCUCCAUCGUGAUUCAGAAGUGGUGGUGUCAGAUGAACCCCUGCAUGGAGGGAGAGGAAUGUAAGGUGCUCCCUGACCUCACCGGCUGGUCCUGCAACACUGGAAACAAAGUCAAAACCACCAAGCUAAUCAGCUGUUGAGGGAGGGUGAGGGAGCGAGGGGGAACCGUGCCUCAUCAACGGACAUGAAUUCUGCAUUUGCUCAGUGUGGAACAGGAGCACAGCUAUUAGGAGACGUGGUGGCAGAUGUCUCAGGAGAUUGCUGCAACGAAACCGACUCCACGGCAACUGUUCCUUCCAGCGUCUCGUUCCCUCUCCCCAUCUCCCGCUAUCUGUGACCUUCUUUCUGUCCCUCUCUAUCUAUCUCCGUGUUCGAUGUGAAUGUGUCACGCAAACUCUCUUUCUUUGUCUGUCUGUCUGUCUCUCACUCCCACGUUGCAGGGGUAUAGAUGCCUGAUGGCCCUGUAGAAUCACUAACACAGUGGAGAAACAGGUUCAUAGACAUCAGUUCCCUCUACCAUCAUUGGAGGGGGGCUGCGGGAGGUUUUAUUUCGUAGAUGUGCACGCUGUGUCAUUUGCUAAGUCCCUCAAAGAUAAUUGUAUGUUUCUGUGUCACUGGUUCAACUCGCUGAUCUUCUGUUCUUUGCUUUCUCUUUCAUAGGUCACACGAUAGCAAGAGAAUCACUGAGCAGCGACCAUCACCAAGUCUCUCUACCGUUAACUCCAUAUGUAAAGAAAGGACGGCACUCAUAUCUGAGACACUUAGACUGCCGACUGACGGAAGACUGUAAGUCAUCUCAUAAUACCAAGCUGUGACAAAAACUACAGAACAUAUUUAAAAAAAACACUCUCUGAUGGACCGAGACACCGAGAUACAGUGUCAAAUGUAAUGCCCAAAACUGCUAUGGACUAUAGACUUCAUAGAAACAAAGGGUGUAUACUUUUAUGGACGAUAAAGACUCCGUCUGAAUACUUUUGAGGAGCAUCUGAAGUCAUUCGCCUGUUAAUAAACAAAUAGGGAGAUCCAAAGAGGUGGUUUUGACCAGUGGCCCGAGGAGGAAGUGUAAUCGAUGGCUGUUUUGACGAAGCAUUUGUGGAUGUGUUGGCACCAGAGCCGCAGACAGUGUGUCAGUGUGUGUUUCUAUGGCUCUUGGACUGGAUCCUGAACUACUCUGAUUAUAGAAUGGAGUGUCGCUGCUCUAUCAGGAGGACUUUCUAUUCCUGAGGGGAGGAAUACGUCACUCGUGAAUCGCAAAUUAUUGUCAAAUUACUCGUGGGUCAACUCAUUACCAUGGAGAUGUUUCGAUUAAUUUAACAGUUCUAAUUAGGGUUGCUAAGAAGGAUCAUAACAACAUAUAAAAAAUGUAAUGUAAGAUCUUUGCACUAGUAGAAGACCGUUUUAGGAAUGUUUUGUUUUUCUAGUUAUUUCUCGUCUUUUGCUGGUGAUGUCACAUUAAAUGAAAGAGAGGAAGAUAUUUUUAAAGAGUUUUGCCUCUGAUGCUGUAGAGAUGACACAGCCCUUCUCUCUGGUAUAGUUGCAGGUUAUUACAAGUUAUUCCAUGGCUCAGACUAAAGGUAUAGUUCCCUUUGAACAUAUUUAACUAUAUACUCCGAUUCAUUGAUAACAAGCAAGUAAUCUGGACAUCAUUUGGUCGGUCACUGACUCUCUAGACCUACAGGUUACUUUCUAGUUUUCCAUAAAAUAAGGUAAAUGUGUCAUUUGUGGGAACUAAUCCUUUAAAGAGUAUUAAAUGCUGCUUGUCACUAACUGUGGACUGUCCAGAAAGCUGAAAGUCGAUCCCUGUGACAUCUCUUAUGUAAACUGUAAAAUAGAGCGCCCAUAAACCAUUAAAACAUGGUUCUGCU